CGGCGGGCAUAGUUUGCUGGCCCCAGUGGCAACUGGGCUGCCCGGCCCGAACGAACCCGUUUGCCGCUGGAUAACCUCUGCUGUUUACUUUCCAGGACCGACGAGAGGUCUCCUUCUCGGGGAGCGGCUUAAUGAGUAACAGGGACGUCCCGGUGACUCACCGCCUCGCCCGCCAUAGGAGGAAGCAGCUCUGGGCGGAGCUGGGGACCGCCUUCCCGGAACGGGGCGGGGCGGGGGCACGGCGGGGCGCGCCAGCUUAGGACCCACGCGGACGCUGCGGGUCCCUGCGCGGUGUCUUCUUUCACCUGAAGCCUGCUCGCCACACUGCCCAUUCACCUGCCCUUCACCUGCGGCUGCUAGAAGAAUCCAGGGUCCUGCCCCGCUGAGAGAAUGGCUUCCUCUGGACUCCAAACAAAGAAAGGUGCCAAUCACAAUGGUCACUUUGUACAACCUACCAACCCAAAUGUAGCAGCAUUGCAAGAAGAUGUCCUCUACCACUUCCAUCUCAGCACCAGCACGCACGAUCUCCCGGCGAUGUUCGGAGAUGUGAAGUUCGUGUGCAUCGGGGGAAGUCCCACCCGGAUGGAAGCCUUCAUCAAGUACAUGGCCAAAGAGCUGGGCCUUGACCGCCCAGGCGCGGAAUAUCCCAACAUGUGCGUGGGGACCGACCGCUACGUCAUGUUCAAAGUGGGCCCCGUGCUGUCUGUCAGUCAUGGCAUAGGCAUCCCGUCCACCUCCAUCAUGCUGCACGAGCUCAUCAAGCUUCUGUACCAUGCCCGCUGCUCCGAUGUCACCCUCAUCCGCAUCGGCACCUCGGGCGGGAUCGGUUUGGAGCCUGGCUCUGUGGUCAUCACCCGCCAGGCGGUGGAUGCCUCCUUCCAGCCGGUGUUUGAGCAGAUGGUCCUGGGGAAGCGGGUGGUUCACAGGACACACCUGGAUGAGCGGCUUGCACAGGAGCUGAUGCAGUGUGGUGCAGACCUGCACGAGUUCCCCACGGUCCUGGGGAACACCAUGUGCACCUCGGACUUCUACGAAGGGCAAGGCCGUCUGGACGGUGCCCUCUGCUCCUACACAGAGAAGGACAAGCAGCAGUACUUGCGGGCGGCGCACGCGGCCGGGGUCCGCAACAUCGAGAUGGAGUCGUCAGUCUUGGCUGUCAUGUGCGGCGCGUGCGGGCUCCAAGCGGCUGUGGUGUGUGUCACUCUGCUGAACCGCCUGGAAGGGGACCAGGUCAGCAGUCCUCACGAGGUGCUGGCUGAGUACCAGAAGCGGCCGCAGCGCCUGGUGGGCCACUUCAUCAAGAAGCGCCUCGCGGCCGCUGGCCACCCCCUAAACCUCUGAAAACGUGAGAUUGCAGUUGCUAUAAAUAAAAUCACCACUGGGGGUGCCAGCCUGGCUCAGCCUGAGGGGUCCUGACUUUGAGCCCCACGUUGGGCACACAGAUUCCUGAAAUAAAUAAACUUGAAAAAAAAAAUCAC